AUGGAGGCCACAACUUGUAAUGGAUCAGGAGAUGACUCACCUGUCUUCUACCUGGCAGGCAUCCCCUCUCUGCCGGAGCACCUCUUCCUUCCUAUCUUCUUUGUCUUCCUCCUCCUCUACCUGCUCAUCCUGCUGGGUAAUGCCCUGAUCCUGGGGGCUGUGGUGGCAGAGCCUAGCCUCCACAAGCCCAUGUACUUCUUCCUCAUCAACCUCUCAGCCCUGGACAUCCUUUUCACCACAACCACCGUCCCCAAGAUGCUGUCUCUAUUCCUGUUUGGGGACCACUUCCUCAGCUUUCCUUCCUGCCUGCUGCAGAUGUACCUCUUUCAAAGCUUCACAUGCUCAGAAGCCUUCAUCCUGGUGGUCAUGGCCUAUGACCGCUAUGUGGCUAUCUGCCGCCCACUGCACUACCCUGUCCACAUGACCCCACAGACCAAUGCCACACUGGCAGCCAGCGCCUGGCUCACUGCCUUCCUCCUACCCGUCCCAGCAGUAGUAAAGACCUCCCAGAUGGCAUACAACAGCAUUGCCUACAUCCACCACUGCUUCUGUGACCACCUGUCUCUGGUCCAGUCCUCCUGCUCCGACACCACCUCCCAGACCCUCAUGGGCUUCUGCAUCGCCAUGGUGGUGUCCUCCCUGCCCCUCCUGCUGGUGCUUCUCUCCUACGCCCACAUCUUGGCCUCGGUGCUUCGCAUCAAGUCUCGAGAAGGCCGCUCAAAAGCCUUUUCCACCUGCAGUUCCCACCUCCUGGUGGUGGGCACCUACUACUCAUCCAUCGCCGUAGCCUACGUGGCCUACAGGGCUGACCUGCCCCUCGACUUCCACAUCAUGGGCAAUGUAGCGUAUGCCAUCCUCACACCAAUCCUCAACCCCCUCAUCUACACACUGAGGAACAAGGAUGUCAAGGCAGCCAUCACCAAAGUUGUAUGUCCUAAGACUUAGGCUGUGACUUUCAAAUACAGCCAGCUGUGCUCCCAGGACACCAAAAAAACAAAAAAUAACACAAAGCAGGAACUUAAUUUAUUAAUACUGUUGAAUGAAUAAACUAAUGACUGUGGAAUGGUAGAAGAAAACUGAGUUGGGCAGACAGCUUGAACAGCGGUUCUCAUACUUCAGUCCAGAGUGCUCCCACUGGUACAAUGGAGCAAUAGUAAUCUUUACUUUGUAGGAAUUUCAAGUUAUUGAA